CCUCAACGAAAUCAUAUAUAUAUAGUGCCCUUAAAGGCACGGAACACACACUCUCUGCUACGUCCUUUUUUUACACGGUCGGAACAUUUUCAGUUUAUCAGUUUGUCGAUAACUCAGUUUGUCAAUAAUUCAGUCGGUGUCAGUCGAAAAUAAUCAACAAGUACAAGUGAUCAAGUUUCCUGACGACACCAUUACCGCCUUCAUCUCGCAGGUCUCAAGUCUCCAGAGUAAAAUGAAAGCUGCAUCAUCCACACUCUCCGACGCUCAAAGACAGAGGCGAGCCCUGAAGAGGCUCCGUUACCAUCGGAACAAGCGAGCUCGUCAAACGGAGAACUAUCCUUCGCCUAGGACAUCCGAGAUUUUAACACAUCAAGAAACCACAAGUUGUUCCAGCAGGAGAUCCCAUUAUUUACACAUAUCUCCUCCAUCCUAUUCCCCGAUCAAACCAGCUGAAUCUGGAUCACCCCCAGAUUUCAAUGUACCCUUCCCAGAGCGCCAUGACCUCCAGAUAUACCCAGAUUUCUGCACCCAGAAAUCCUUGGACGAGUUCUGUGAACUACGGACUCCUUCCCCUCCUCCCCUAGACCUCACUAGCGAAAACCCGACCUCCUCUCAGAACAACCACACACAGUCAACAACAUACAAUUUAAAAUAGAUUAAUAACAAAUUAAAAAUACUAAACUGAUAGAUUAAUAGAAUUAUACACAGAAAAUCAAACAAUACAUCCGUCAAUUUUUAGAACACACGAAUUUCUGUAUGUAACACCCUUCUUAUUUUAUAUUUUUGUAAAUAUAUCGUCAGUAAAUAUAUCUCAACGCAAAAAAAAAUAAUGAUACGAUCUUGUAGCUACCUAACCCUGUAAUCGUUUUAAAAUUAUUAAUUACAUUGUAAAAUCU